AUGCCAGUGAUUCGUACCCAGGAACAGGUUUCUGCCCUCACUAGCGGCCAGGUUCUUGAGGUCGUAUGUACUGACCCCGGUGCGCUUGUCGAUAUUCCGGCCUGGUGCCGGAUUCACGGACACAAAGUACUUUUUGCGGAAAAUCAGGGAAACCAGUCCAUCGUUCGCUUGCAGGUGUGUGACUAA